CUGGAGACACUUCAAGAAUUACUCAUUCGAAGAGUGAAAGGAUUCAGUACUUUACCCUGAUAGGACAGCAGAAGUUCUCAUCACAAGAUCCUAUUGUGGACUCUGUUACCCGUGGACUUCAACCCAAGAAGAUCUCUUGAGGAACAGGUGUUCUUUCUAAGAGCGUGCCCCCAGCGAACUUCCAGUGUGAGAUCUUAGAGUCUCAAAAUCUACUUCCCAGGGUCACCACCCAGCACAAAGAUAAAUGGAGAGAGAAGUCCAUCAUCAUUGGCAGGUGUCUGAAGUUUUCCUCUCAUGGUGUCCACUUAGGGUUCUGAGCAGCAGCUCCUCCUGCCAUGAGCCCCUCACAUCUUCUCAUCAGACAGAUAGAGGCUGUGCUCCAUCCUCUGCACCCGGAGUAGGAAGAAAGAGAAUCCGGCACACACAGUCCAGCAGGUACCUAUAUCUAUGUAGUUCCUUCCCCUAGAAAAUCCCUCAGAAAGUUGUCAGACAAAACAAAUUCUCACUCUAGUUCGUGGAGCUAUGGGGGAAAAGCUUUGAUAUGGAAGGAUGACUGCUAUUGAAAUCAGUGCACAAGACUUGAGGAUGGUAAAAAUCUUCCCUCGCUUCCUACCCUGAGUUAAGAGGAAGAUUUAUGAGGCAUGGAACCUUCCAUCAAGAGUGGAAGAAAGUAGAGUGAAUUCAGCGACACCAGGCUGCCACUGAGGCCCACAAACAGUCCCCAGCUCACUCUGCAGAACUUUGAAAUUUAUCAGUAAUAUGCUGCUCUCGAAAAAUGAAAAGAAACUAGUGCCAAGAAGGCAUAUUCUUCAAUACUUGGAGUAGACGUGCUCUCAAGACAAUGGCUUCAAAGGUCUCCUGCUUAUACGUGUUGACCGUUGUAUGCUGGGCCAGCGCUCUCUGGUAUCUGAGUAUAACUCGUCCCACUUCUUCCUACACUGGAUCCAAGCCCUUCAGCCAUCUAACGGUUGCGAGGAAAAACUUCACCUUUGGCAACAUAAGAACUCGACCUAUAAACCCACAUUCUUUUGAAUUUCUUAUAAACGAGCCCAACAAAUGUGAGAAAAACAUUCCCUUCCUCGUUAUCCUCAUCAGCACCACCCACAAGGAGUUCGAUGCCCGCCAGGCUAUCCGGGAGACAUGGGGGGAUGAGAACAACUUUAAAGGGAUCAAGAUAGCCACUCUCUUCCUCCUGGGCAAGAACGCAGAUCCUGUGCUGAAUCAGAUGGUUGAGCAAGAAAGCCAGAUCUUCCAUGACAUCAUCGUGGAGGACUUCGUCGAUUCCUACCACAACCUCACCCUCAAAACAUUAAUGGGGAUGAGAUGGGUGGCCACUUUUUGUUCAAAGGCCAAAUAUGUCAUGAAAACAGACAGUGACAUUUUUGUAAACAUGGACAACCUUAUUUAUAAACUCCUGAAACCCUCCACCAAGCCCAGAAGAAGGUAUUUUACUGGCUAUGUCAUCAAUGGGGGGCCAAUCCGGGAUGUUCGCAGUAAGUGGUACAUGCCCAGGGAUUUGUACCCUGACAGCAACUACCCGCCCUUCUGUUCAGGGACCGGCUAUAUCUUCUCAGCCGAUGUGGCUGAACUCAUUUAUAAGACCUCACUCCACACAAGGCUGCUUCACCUUGAAGAUGUAUACGUGGGGCUGUGUCUUCGAAAGCUGGGCAUACACCCUUUCCAGAACAGUGGCUUCAAUCACUGGAAAAUGGCCUACAGUUUGUGUAGGUACCGCCGCGUUAUCACUGUGCACCAGAUCUCUCCAGAAGAAAUGCACAGAAUCUGGAAUGACAUGUCAAGCAAGAAACAUCUCAGAUGCUAAAACUUUUACCAAUGUAAAUAUGUGGGUUUUUUUCUUUUUUAAGAAAUGGGGCCUAAGGUGUUGGUAUUUUACAGGGGUCACCAGGGGAAAUGAACUGAUGAAGGGGAUUUGUAAAGUUUUUGCUUUCUGCUCCUACUUCCUUUCUUGGAUUACCAAUUUACAAAAGCCAAGCUCUGGUCAUACACACAGCAGUGAGAGAGAAGGGCCAGAUUUCAUUCUCAGUUCCUGAGACAUUGUCAUGUAUCUCCAAAAGGGACUUCCAAACAACUCCUGGGAUUUGUGCACUGUGCAUCUGAGUUAAAAGUCUGAUUCUGGGAAGCGGAAACUCACAGUUUUGUCUUCAUAUCAUCUCUGCAAAAAUACAUAAAUAAAUAAGUAAACAACUUUUUAAAAAAACAAUUCAGAAAUGAUGCACAGUCAGGAAGACACACUGGAUGUGAUUAUCAAUACUGUGUGUGUUAUUGCUACAUUGAAUUUUUACAUAUAUUGUCAUGUAAUGUGUACAGUAUUUGUAAUUCCAAUGAGAAGGGAACUUAGUCCUGGCAGGGAGGCUGCAGAGAAAUAGAUGGGAAUUUAAACUUGAGAAUCAAAUAUUCUGUAUGUUGGAAAGCUAACUCUGCUUGCUCAUCCAAGGAUUAAACCUGGUCAGUAGGUGGAAUGUAUAUAAAAUACUACUUAAAGUAAACAAAGUGAUUUUUUUUGCUCUUUCAAAACAAACAUUACAUUACAUGGUGCCUCCGAGGAGAUUUUGCCAAAUGUAGUAAUAUCACUUGCUUCCUUCCAUGUAAUGCUAAGUGCAUUUCAGUUUCUGGAUCAAGCAGACACAUGUCUCCAUAAGUAAACAAGUUGGCAGGAAGCCAGUGAAUCACAUUAAGAGAAUACAAAGUUAUAAAUAUGGAUUAUAAUUAACAUAAGCUUAGCAAUAGUAUAAUAUGCCUCUCCCACACAUUUGCAAAGCCUGUGAGUAAAUCAUUACGGGGCAUCAGUAUUUCUAAAAAAUUUGGUCCUCCUACUGAUAGAUGGAGUAUUGUUUAACAUCUGCAAAGCCCAAGCACCUUUGGAAAUAGCUGUGUGAGGGGCUCUGGGUGACCUGUGACCAAAGUUCCUGAGAAGGAAAGGUGAAGAAGAUUGGAUUCUGAUCCUAUUCAUGCUACCAAAUGUAUUGGACCAUGUGAGCAGGCCACUGAAAUCUACUGUAUUUCAAUAUGCUCACUUGUAAAAUGGCUGUAAAAACAAACAAACAAACAAAAACACCUACCUCACAGGUGCUGUGAGAGCAAAUCGCAUUUGCUAAGUAUUUUUGAGAUCCUUAGUAUAUAAGGUGCUACAUAAUAUGAUGCAUCAUGCAUUAUGCUAAAUGCUAAAAUGAUUAGGAUAAUUAUAAUGAUGGUCCUGAGUAGUACUAAAAUCAUCUUACCAUAAAAUAUACCAAAAUAAAGAUCAACUAUGAGCUAUCAGUAUAGCUGAUUCUGCCAAGAUGUUAAUUUUUUUCCUUGACUAUAAAUCAGUUGUUUGGGGGGGAUUCCAUUUCUCUGCCAUUUUUUCUAUGUUCAAUGAGUAAAGUAUUACUUCUGUGUGUUGCCUUGAUAGCCCAAGGUGCUGAAAGAAAGCCUGCAGCCUUUCUUUGGGGAAGAGCUUUGUAAAAUGCAUAAAGACCACUUAUAUCUCAGGAAACAUUUGACCUGAGUCCUCUUUAAGAACUAUGAGGACAGGCAGAGUGAGUCCAUCUCUAUCAGAAGAAGUGUAGGCCCUCAGCAGAUCUGCACACUGCUCUCCCACCAUUCUUUAGAAAACUCAUCAUUCCCAUUCAACAAAAGCCCCACCUCUAAAAAAAUACACUUAGUUGUUUAUUGCUUUUUAACCUGAUCUUUGGAAGGUCCCAUAGAAGUUGAUAUCAAACAGGUAGACAAAUGGAUUUCAUGGCCUAGUUCUUGAAAAGAUUGGAUAUCUCAUCCUUAGUCCAAAGUACCCAAUAUGAGACAGGAGCUCCUGUCCUUUAAUACAUCUUCAUUGUAUGGUCAUCAGGACUAACGAUUUUGAUGACAAAACACUGUUAGGUACCUGGGGAGAGAUGGCACAGCUCAAGGUGAGCCACAUCCAAACCCCUACCCUGUAAUCUCAAGUGCUGUGAGUUAUAAUCACUGGAAAAGUCUCACAGCUUCAUAGUUGGUUUGCCUCCCCACUGGGCAGUGGAAUCAAGUCUCUGUCUCAUACUACUGCCUUGCAUCUACUCUAUGCUCAGUCACAUCACCUUUAGUAACAAGUAACUGAACAUUGUAAACAUCGUGUAUGUACAUCUAUGAACUGUUUUAUAUGUGUCGAUAUAGAGUCUGAAUAGACCCCCCAAUCUUGAAAAGGAGCAAACAUCAGAAAAUCAUGUCUUAAAGGACUCUUUCCCAACUUUUUUAUGCUAGGUAAUGCCCAUGUGACAAAUAUGUAAAUAUUCAUCAAAGACCACAUGUAUAUAUUUUAAAGUUGUUUUCUUUUUCUCCUCCCCAGUUGUAUGUACAGCUAGAAUUUGCUUGCUAUGUAAUAUUUUCUUCUGCAUGGAACUUGGUAAGGCAAGGCCAUUUGUCCAAUAUUUCAAUAGCCUUAAGCAUGUUUACCCUUUGCUUUAUGAAUGUUCAAAAAGUGUUUAAGUGAUCAAUGAAAAGUUUUCACUUUCUACUUUUGUUAAUUUUAUGAUACAAAACUGACCAAAUAUUAUUUCUGUAAUUAUUUGUUAAGCCAUUAUUAUCAUUUUUGUCAUAAAAUAGUGUUUCAUUAUAAAUGGCAGUAAUUCUGGGGCUGGUAAGGUAGCUCAGUGGUAGAGUGCUUGUCUAAUAUUUCAAGGCCCUGGGAUCCAUCCCCAGCCGUGCAGAAAAAUUAAAAUUAAAAUUAAAAUGACUGUGUUCUGCCAGGAGUCAUUCAGAUGAUUUUUACAGGAACUCUCUGACUUCUCCCCUAACUAUGUUCAUUAUGCUCUGGAUAACAAUGCUUAUCAAUAAUCAGUGUUUAUAUUCUUAAUGUUUCUUUUAAAAUUUAUUUUGGUAAAAAAUUAUCUUUGGUGGCUAGUUUGUGUAGCUUUGUGUCUUCUUAUAUUGGAGCAGUUUCAAUACAUCAUAGUGUACUUUUAAAUAACCAGAAUCAAAAUGAAGAUUUUCAGUUUGAACUAAAUUCAGAAGAAUGAACCCCUUAGGUGAUACAGGGGAAACAAACUCUACAGAGAAACCAAGGAAGGAGUUUUUCAAUCAAAUUUCUUCCACCAAAAGAUGGUGACUAUUUAUGUACAGUGUCUGGGAUUCAUUUUCUACCUUUCCUAAUAUAUGGGUUCAUUGGAGGAAUUGAUUAUGUCAUUUCUUCUGUAAAGCAGAAGGAGUUUUUAUAAGCAACAAAGUGACUUGUGAAUGAAAGGUGUAAUUUACUAGAAACACUUGUUGAUCAUUGACACCUAGGUAUAUCAUUACAUAUGAAUGAUUGUAUUUAUGUAUUUAUUUGUUCAAAAUUGUACAUAACUUUUUGCCAAAAGUAAUUGUCUGUAAAAGUACACUCUCCGGGGUUUGUAGUACUAUUUAGGGUUACUUGGGUUGCCAAUCAAGCUGCUAAUCAGAAUACUAUUUUUUGUAUCGAUGUUUAAAACUAAAAAUGAUAAAUAGAUGCUGAAGAUGUCUUUACACGCAGUUUCUUCACUUUCUUCUUGAAAUGGAAACUGUUGAUUGAAAGCACGAUGCAAAUGUACUGGACCAUCUGUCAUGAGGAAGAUUACGGUUCCAUAAAGCUGAUUUUUUUAAACCAUUGGGACAAAUAAACAGAAGAACGUAUUGGAUUUUGUUGCUUUUUUAAAUAAAUCUCUUUGAGGAGAUGGGAGUGUUAAAUUUAGUCAGUGUCCAACAUCUAUCAAAAUCUUGGCCAAGACUUCAUGGUAAGUAGCAUGUCAAAUUAUUCAGAGCUGAACAAUUGAACUGUCAGCAUGGAAACUAUCUUAUAAGUAGGCAUCAGGUUACUUCUGAAAUUACGAAAUUAGUUACUCAUGUGGCCCUUCUCUACUUGAUGGAAGUGUUUUAACUAGACUGCACUAAGUCAUACAGGUCAAACUCACCCAGAAAUUCUAACUCCAGGAAAACACUAUGUUGAUAAUAUGAUUGGUGAAUUAGGGCACGUUAAAUCUAAGACAAAAACAUGACUCUUUAUGUUUUGCCCACAUGUAUCCUUUGCAAUAUUGUAUGUAAGUUUAACUGAAUUGGAAAGGAGCUAUUCAGGCAUUCUUUAGCAUAGACAAAUAGAUGCUAACUGCCAAUGCCUGACUCUAUAAGCAAGAUACUAAGAGCUACUUACGAGGCAAAAGGGGAAUUUAUUAUCAGUGUCGAUCAAGCUAAGCAGUCAUUUACUUUUUAAUAGAAAUUUAACUUUGGGUUUACUCCUCCUCUACUUUGGAGUUCAAAAGGUAAAGUCUAUCAGGUAAGCUGAAAUAUGUG